AGCCCGCCGGCCGCCACCGGCCACGACGCCGACGCCGUCCGCUGGACCAACGACCUGUUCCGGUGGCUGCACGCCGACCUGUCCGCCGUCGAGUACAUGCUCGGCCAGUGGAUACGCACCCUAAACGAGUACACCAAGAAGUCGUUCGCCGAGCACGGCGUGGGAGUGGAGUUUGUAAGAUUUCUACCGGAAAAUCAUGCCCCAACUCUUUCCAAUAUCUUCUGUGAAUUGGGCGUCCACGAAAACAUAACAAUCACGUGCGACUGUGACGCCAUGCCGUCCAUGCAACUGAAGGCUAUGCGGCAAAAGGGCGACAAGGUGGACGUGUCCCAUUACCGGGUGAACGUAAACAAGUUGCAGGCAAGGAUGAACAUAGUGUGCGACACUGCUAGGAAAAAGGCGCAGAUUAAAUUCGACGGAUGGCCCAAGGUGAAAGUUAUGUUGGCUCAAGUGGGUACCAUCAAGGGCAACACUCUAGACGAAGUACAACUCCAAGAUGUUAUCAUGGACAUAGUGACGGGUGCCAUCAGGUCCACAGACCUGUCUGUAGAUUUGUACCAGUGGACAGAUUGCCCAGCUUUCACGAAACACAUUCAGUCCUCGGUGACGUCCCCUUUGGACUCGUAUAGCGACCGACCGGCGGUUGGCACGUCUACGGUUAGUAAACAAGGAGAGAAGAGAUUAAUGGUAAAGGUGAUCAAAGCCGUCGGACUGGGUUUGAAACAAGGUUGUUUCGAACCUUACUGCGUCAUAGAGGUGGACGACCCGUUCCAGAAGAAGCAGACAUCCGUCAAGAAAAACACCUCAUCGCCGCAAUGGAACGAGAAUUUCAUAUUCACUCUGAACAGACGGACCGAAGAGAUACUGUUCGAGGUGUACGACUGCGACCCAAGCGAUAACGUUCACUUCAUGGGAUUGGCCAUAGUCGGCGUGGAAGAACUGCUGGUCAACCCGUGCCAGAGGCAAGUGCUGUCGCUGCAGACCCGACCGUACCAGAACGACCCGGUAUCCGGCACGCUUACUUUGGAAUUUAUCUUUUUGGAAGACGAACAGACUCUGUCCAAGGACACGACGACUUCAGACUUUUCUAGAGAACGACCUUCCGUCUAUAACGACCACUACAUGGAAGAACCGUUUAGCAUGCCCAUAAACCAAACCCGUCCGUUGUCCCAUCAAGACGACGGCAACAAAAGCAGGCACACGUCUUACAACAUCAACACGAUAUUCAACCACAAAGACUACACACCAACCGAAAACAACAACAGGAACCCCCCACAAGAGCCAAAUCUGACCAGUAGUUACUACAACAGCCCUCAGCAGCACAGGGAAUCGAGCACGGGCAUAAGCGUGGACAGGCGGGAUACCGGCUACGAAGGCGUCCAAGAAGACCGCGGCCGGAGCAGGAAGAAAAAGAGGGACUUCUUCGGCGCCAUGAGGACCCGUUUCAAUAGAUCCAAAUUCAGAUCCAAGUCGAUCGAUGCCGGCGACCAGGACGCCUUCAGAUACGGCAUGUCGCCGGGCCAGGCGCGGUCGAUAUCCGCCGACGGCACAAGACACUCGCCGUCAGCAGAUUUGUUGGUUCCUCCCAUCAGGGCCGGUUCGGCUAGGUCCAGCCUGAGUGAAAUGUCCGGGGCCAGCGGCACGUCCACGGGCACAUACUUGAACGAAGCUUCCACGCUUGUGCUGGAGACGAUGGAAAACAAUGUGAAAAAAUAUUAUUUGGUACCGUUUACGUUGGCCACCAAGAGGAAAUGGAAGAGGGCCGGCGUGAAGCUCCACAUCUACAACGAACAUACCUUUGUCGCCAAACACUUGUCCAGUCGACUCGCUUGUCUGGUGUGCGCAAAAUAUUUUCCCAGGCGAAUCGGCAAACAAGGGUACGAAUGCCGGGACUGUUUGAUCAAGUGUCACAAGGAAUGUCACGUCAGAGUGCCCAACCCGUGUACGAAUUCGAAAAUUCAAAACAUAGACCUGAAUAAUCUUACGGUAUUGCCGUCAAUAUCGUCGUAACGAUACGGAUCCAGCACGUUUUAGGGUUAAAUAAUACACACAACUAAAUGUACAUUACGAAUGAAGAAAACAUAAUAAUAUUAUGUGAGCAUGAUAAAAGGGUUAUGCAAGCUCCAAGUGGAUAUGACGACGGCGAGACUUACCGGCCAGGAAUAGGAUGUUGGGAGACUACAAAAGAACAUGAUAAAUUGAAAAAGCAAACAUUCGCCUAGUGUAAAUAAUUAUAUACUUAUGCUAAUAAUAAUAUCAAUAGUAACAAUAAUAUUAGUUAAAUAUAAUUAAAUACUAGUGCUUCAAGCGUGUGUGAAUAAUAAUUAAAAACAUAUUUAAAUAAUAUAUUUAUAUAUAUAUAUAGAGAGAGAGUAUAAUAUAUUAUGUAU